CCGCGGAGCCAUGGGCCGGAGGGUGGCGGGCGCUUGGGCGCUGGGCCCGCUGCUCUGGGGCUGCGCGCUGGCGCUGCGGGGCGGGAUGCUAUACCCGCGCGAGAGCCCGUCGCGCGAGCGCAAGGACCUGGACGGGCUCUGGAGCUUCCGCGCCGACCUCUCCGACGGCCGGCGCCUGGGCUUUCAGCAGCAGUGGUACCGGCGGCCGCUGCGCGAGUCGGGGCCCACCCUGGACAUGCCAGUCCCCUCCAGCUUCAACGACGUGGGCCAAGAUGCACAGCUUCGGAGCUUUGUUGGCUGGGUGUGGUACGAACGGGAGGCAGUCCUGCCUCAGCGGUGGACCCAAGACCUGGGCACAAGAGUGGUGCUGAGGAUUGCCAGCGCCCACUACUAUGCCAUUGUGUGGGUGAACGGGGUCCAUGUGGCAGAGCAUGAGGGGGGCCACCUCCCCUUCGAGGCUGACAUCAGCAAGCUGGUGCAGAGUGGGCCCCUGUCCUCUUGCCGCAUUACCAUCGCCAUCAACAACACACUCACCCCCCACACCCUGCCGCCAGGGACCAUCCUCUACAAGACCGAUACCUCCAAGUAUCCUAAGGGCUACUUUGUCCAGGACAUAAACUUUGACUUCUUCAACUAUGCGGGACUGCAUCGGUCUGUGACUCUCUACACGACGCCUACCACCUACAUCGACGACAUCACGGUCACCACUGGAGUGGACCAAGACACUGGGCUGGUGAAUUACCAGAUCUUCACCCAGGGCAGUGAACAUGUGCAGCUGGACGUGCGUCUUCUGGAUGUAGACGGCAGAGUGGUAGCUGAUGGCGCAGGGGGCCAGGGCCAGCUGCAGGUGCCUGCAGCCCAUCUCUGGUGGCCAUACCUGAUGCAUGAGCACCCUGCCUACCUGUACUCACUGGAGGUGCGCAUGACUGCGCAGACCGAGGCCGGGCCAGUGGCCGAUUUCUACACCCUCCCCGUCGGGAUUCGCACCGUGGCAGUCACAGAGAGCCAGUUCCUCAUUAAUGGGAAACCCUUCUAUUUCCACGGGGUCAACAAACACGAGGAUUCAGACGUCCGGGGGAAGGGCUUCGACUGGGCCCUGCUGAUGAAGGACUUCAACUUGCUGCGCUGGCUGGGCGCCAACGCCUUCCGCACCAGCCACUACCCUUACGCCGAGGAGGUGAUGCAGCUCUGUGACCGCUACGGGAUCGUGGUCAUCGAUGAGUGUCCGGGCGUGGGCAUCGUGCUGCCCCAGAGCUACGGCAACGCGUCCUUGCAGCACCACCUGCAGGUGAUGGAGGAGCUGGUGCGCAGGGACAAGAACCACCCGGCCGUCGUGAUGUGGUCUGUGGCCAACGAGCCCACCUCCUCCCUGAAGCCCGCGGGCUACUACUUGAAAACAGUGAUUGCUCACACCAAAGCCUUGGAUCCUACCCGGCCUGUGACCUUCGUGACCAACUCCAACUUCGAAGGGGACCUGGGGGCGCCCUAUGUGGACGUAAUCUGUGUGAACAGCUACUACUCCUGGUAUCACGAUUAUGGGCACUUGGAGGUGAUACAGCUGCAGCUGCGCACCCAGUUUGAGGGCUGGUACAGGACCUACCACAAGCCCAUCAUUCAGAGCGAGUAUGGUGCAGAGACCAUCGCGGGGUUCCACGAGGAUCCGCCUCUUAUGUUCACUGAGGAGUACCAGAAAAGUCUGUUAGAGCAGUAUCAUUUGGUUCUGGACCAAAAACGCAAAGAAUAUGUGGUUGGAGAGCUCAUCUGGAACUUUGCCGAUUUCAUGACUAACCAGUCACCGCAGAGACCAGUGGGGAAUAGAAAGGGCAUCUUCACCCGACAGCGACAGCCCAAGAGUGCAGCCUUCCUUUUGCGGGAGAGAUACUGGAAACUUGCCAAUGAAACCAGGUACCACCCUUCGGUGGCGAAGUCACAGUGCUUGGGAAACAGCCCAUUCACUUUGUAAAGCCAGAGAGCUACCUCCAGGACACCCACCACUGUGCACCUGAGGAAGGGCGACUUCCACACCCACAGAACAAGUGCCUCUUGCCGUGUUGAUGGCACCAGUUUCUGGUUUGGACUCUGGCGACCUGCUAGAAGGGGAUGAUGUCAGAGACAAAAUAAAGCUUUUCUAGAGUGGGAAGAGUCUGCAUCAGUGGCCCCUCACACAAGGGUCUGUCCUGCAAAGAUAGGUGGUGUCCUGCGUGUCAGUUCUUCCUUGGCCUUCGCUGCGCAGGACAGGUAGAGAACCAUGGCUUCAACACCCACGUCACAGACGGAGUCCCCAUCACAGGGCUGCCUGUGCUCGUGGGCCCAACAGCCCAGGGGAGUAGACCCCCACGAGAGGAGGCCCACGGGCACUGGCGGGCGUACAGAGGCACUGCGCUGGCAUCGACACACCCACAUGCCACUUCCAGUCGCCUGGCAAAUGAGCAUCAGAGAGGCUUACGUGUGGACACGUGUUGCUAGUGCUUGUUCCAGCCUUGGCCAGCCCAGUCCAACAGACAGGCUCCCUCACAGCCAGUGCCACUGUCUGCAGUGACACCUCUGGGCCAGCUGUGUCUGUAAAUGGCACUCCAGGCGGACUCCUCCACCUGCCUUCUGCAGAACAGAGGCCUUCCUCAGGGAAUUUCCCAUCCUCCCCUUACAAGGGUCCAGUGAGGCAAAUAAAGUGCGUUAUACCUGA